UGGCUCAAGUAUGUUAUCCAGACAAUAUAAAAGAGUUGAAAUGUGUACUUAGGGUUUAUCCUCGUUUCUGUUGCAGCCAUUGAAGCAGCUAAAUUCUGAUAUUGAUUGAGAAAGCAAAAAUCUGUGAUCGGAGCAUACGAGAUAGUUGAGUCAAGAUGAUCUAUGAUGUGAACUCUGGUCUCUUCAGAUCCUUUCUGAGCCAAAAGGGUAGCUCCUCCGACAAAAGGAAAGGAGAGGACAAGCCAAGAGAACAGAAGCCCAAAGCCAGCGACAACAAACCUGUUAUGAAUGAAUGAAUAGAUUAAGAUCUCCUUUGUAAUUUCGCUUUACCUCUUCUGAUAUUUCAGUUAUAAUGAUCAUUUUAAUGAAAAUUUAAGUUACUUUCCAUUGGAAAUGGCUUGUUUGUGGUA